AUGUCUUUAUGGCUUCCUCGUCCUGGCCCAGCCCUUGUCUCUCGCUCCUAUAGUCGCUCUAUCUAUACCUACCGCUCACACCUAAUUCUCAGAUGCGCUCCCCGCUCCUUGCCCCACCGCCCACUCCCCGUCCUUCUCCGCUACCAAAGCUCGGUCGCUCCUCAACCGCCAUCUACGCCGUCCGACCCCAAACAAGGUCCUCCCGCGGUCCCGACUGAGCCACUCUCAACUCGCGUGUGGAAGAAAGUCAAGCAUGAAGCCCAACACUACUGGCACGGAUCCAAGCUAUUGGUCUCAGAACUGAAACGCACAACGCAAGACUUGCUGCGACUUGUGCCCUUCGCUGUCUUCAUCGUCGUACCUUUCAUGGAGCUUCUGCUCCCUGUCGCUCUGAAACUCUUCCCGAAUAUGCUCCCGUCCACUUUUGAAGACAAAUAUUCGGCCGAAGAGAAACAACGCAAACUACUUCGGGUCCGCCUGGACAUGGCCAAAUUCCUUCAGGAAACUCUCAGAGAGUCUGGUCUCAAAGCGAACGCGCAUAUUGUCGGCAGCGAGGCUUUCAAAGAAUUCUUCCGCAAGGUUCGGUCAACCGGUGAAUCGCCCUCCGCCGCGGACAUUAUCAACGUAGCCAAGCUCUUCGAUGACGAUCUAACGCUUGACAAUCUGUCUCGGCCACAGCUAGUGUCGAUGUGUCGCUACAUGGGUAUAAACGCAUUCGGAACGGACAACUUUUUGCGAGGCGCCAUCCGAGCUCGACUCCUCCACCUGCGGCGUGAUGAUCAGCUCAUUGACGCGGAGGGUGUAGACGAGUUGUCCACUUCAGAGCUGCAGGCCGCUUGUCAGUCGCGCGGAAUCCGGACCACGGGGAUCUCCCCUGCCCGGUUGCGCGAGGAGCUCACGACCUGGAUAAACCUGCAUCUCCAUAACCGCGUUUCAGGCGUGCUCUUGAUUCUGGGCAGGGCGUUCAACUUUCACAAGAAGCCAGGCGAUGACGAGGACGGCAAGACGGCUGUCAUCUCCAGUCUGGAAAGUGUGCUCUGCGGAUUGCCAGAUAAUUUGCUCAAUGAAGCUGAACUGGAGGUCGACUCGGAGAAGGCCAGCUACAAGCAGAAACUCGAAGUCUUGCAACAGCAACAAGAGCUCAUUGACGAUGAAGCCGAGCAAGAACAGAAAGAGGAAGAUGCUCGUCGUGCUAAGAGAGAAGCUGCUGAACUGGAGGCCCAGCUCGCUCAAUCCCUUCUCCCCGAUUCAGAGUUGAUGCCAGAGACAACUGAAACUGAAAAUGCUCGCAUGACCACCGAACAGCUCAACGAGCUCGCCGAUGCACUCCUCAUUCUGUCUUCGAAGUCCAGUGUCCUCAAGGAACGUGAUGAACUACGUGCACUCAUGGAAGAAAAUCUGCAGGCUGAGGAGGAUCCCAAGUCUCCUUCCGGUGCUUUGACGAAGAAGAUACGGACCAUGUUGACCAAGAUCGAUACACAGCUGCAGGAAUAUGACAGCCGAGUUGGUAGCUCUCUCCAACUGAUAUCGGCUGACCCCCAAGGCCGUAUCUCGGUUCAAGACCUGGAGAAGGCGUUGGCCGUCAUCAAGCAUAAGCCAGAUGACGAGGUGGGACAGGCAGUGGUCCAAAAACUGGAUGUCGAUAAGGACGGCUUCGUGGAGCUGGAGCACGUUCUAGGUCUUGUGAAGGAAGAGGGUCUUGGCAUUGUACUGGAUGAUGAAGCACAAUCCAUCAUCGGCCAAGGACAUGAGAUCAAAAACUCCAAGCCUCGCAAGGAGGACAUUGUGCAAGAGUAA